GGUAUGUAUGUUAAUGUCUUCUCAAUCAACAACAAAUACCAAUUCCACAGAUAACAACAUCAAGGUUAAUUCAAGCCAGACUGAUUCACACACUAGCAAUGAAAGUACUACAAAUUCUUCACAAAAUCAUGACCAAUUAAUUCAUUCAAGAUUAGGCAGUCUUGUCCCAGAAUGUGAUUCAGUCAAAUCGGCUUAUGAUUUAUGCUUUCAAGAAUUUUUUCCAACUUUUCUACAAGGUAAUUUUAUUGCCAAGGAUCCAUGUGCAACAAAGUUAAAAGUUUAUCAGAAUUGUUUACGUGAAGCAUUGAAAACAACAUUCAAUAUGGAUUUAGCUGAAUUGGAUUCUAUUCAAACAGAUCCAGAGACAAUUAGAAAUAUUAUUAAUAAUAGUAACAGUAAUAAUAAUAGCAAAAAAACAAAAUGAAUUUGGUGGGAAAGAUUUAGUUUGUUUUUCUCUUUUUUUUGCGAAUUAAUUUGGUUCGAUUGGGAGGUAGGCCUUCUUUUGUCCUUUCAUUUAGGCGUUGAGUACUAACUACUCAGGUUCUCUUUCUUCUCUAGACUGUAAUGUAUUAUGUAUGCAUGUUGUUGAAGAAUUUAAGCUUGUCAGCUGUUGAUACAUUAAGUGUCAGAGUUUGUGUGUGUGUGUGUUUUGUGGUCAAUACUGCUAUCUCAAAUGAGAUUAGAUUACUUUCUUAUCUUUGUUUAUGUCGCUAGAAUUCAACUAUCAUUCAUACAUUGCUGUUAUUAAAUUUUAUAUAUUUAC